UCGAGGGUGGACUGUGUCCUAACAGCUGCGGGCAUGGUGGUCAUGCUCUUUGACAUUGCUAUAGACCUUUACGCUCUGGUGAACUUCUGCCUCAGCCAGGAUUUUGUGUGCUUCUGCGUCCUGCUGUUCAUCCUCCUGGGCUCCUCCUUUCUGGUCCAUACGUUCAGCUGGCUGUGGUUGAAGGCCGACCGCACUAAGAUCCCGGCACUGCAGAAGAAGAGUGUGAAGCAGCUCGCUGUAGUCCAUUUCUGUCAGCUGGAGAUCUUUGUGAGGAGAGGGGAACUUUUCCUGAUGAUGAUCAGUCACAUGAGCACAGAGGAGAAGGAGCUGGCCGUCUUCCUGGAGCAUGACGUUGGACUUCUGGCGUUGUUUGAGAGCUAUUCUGAGAGCUGUCCUCAUCUGGUCCUCAUGCUGACCAUCUACCUGCAGCGUGGGCAGCUGGGGACCAUUAACGUGCUGAAGACCGCUGCCUCCAUCUUCCUCGCUGCUUUCGGUGUCACCCUGUACCACCGAUGCCUGCGCAGGUUCCUGCCCGAAAAAGACAAGCAGCCCAUCGUUUCCUCUGGAGUCUACCUCACCUGGAACUUCUUUCUCAUCGGCUCCCGUCUCCUGGCUCUCGCUCUGUUCGCCUCAGUAUUUCCCUGCUACAUCGUGGCACACUUCCUCUGCUGGUGGAUGAUGUACGUCUUCGUAGCCUGGCGCCUGAAGACCAACCUGAUGGACACCACAGCUGGGGAGUGGCUUUACAGAGCCACCGUGGCCCUCAUUUGGUAUUUUAACUGGUUCAAUGUCGUGGACAGCCCGACUAAGAAGAGGGCUGUUUUGUAUCACGCGUUCCGGCUGGUGGACACCCUGAUCUUGUGCGGCCUGGUGACCUGGAAGACCCACCAGGACCCGCUAUAUUACAGCGGCCCACACUUCUAUGUGACAAUUUGUGUUGGGAUUUGCUUCAUGCUCGGGCUGCUGUUGAAGGUGAUCUACUACAAGUGUUGCCAUCCAAAACACUUCAAAAAGCCGAAGACAGUCAAAGGAGCCGUCGUCCUCAGUGUCUGUUCCCUUGCUGAUGAUGAUCUCGGCGAUGAUCUCCACAGUGACUCCCCGAGUGGCGCAGUCAUGCCACAAGCCAUGGACCGCACUAUGGACACCACUCCCACACGUCUGUGCAAUGAAAGGAUGCGCUCACAAGCCAAGAUAUUUUACAGGUGACCGCUGGUGAGAAGGAUCUGAGAGGAACUCUCGACGGUCUUGUUUGUUUGAGGACCACCGGGUGCCAUGUAACUGAAGGCCACUUUUAAUCAUUUGGUUUUCACACAGAGGACUCUCUGACUCUCCAGGUGCUACCUCAGUCUGAUCCUUUGAGCAGCAACCGGAGGCUGAAACUAGGUUUACACUCUUAUCUUUCUAAAUGUAUGCAAUUUGUUUCAGAACGUUUACUGUAAUUUUGUUAUCUCGAGUCCUUCCAUGAAGACAGCAAGUGGCUGCACAGCUCGUUCAGCCUCAGCCCCAGUGUGAAUGGCUCAAAGGAAAGAUGAAGUUUCUUAGAUUUGCACAUUUAAAUACUUAAAAUGAGCACCACAUCUAUUGCUCUUUCUCCAGCAUCAUGUUCCUUUAGAGCAGUCUUUCUCAAAUAGUGGGGCGGGCCCUCCCCCACCCGUCCCCCACCCGUCCCCCACACCUCCCCCAGGGGUGUGUGGAGCAAUGCCGGGGGGUACAUGUGACCUCAGGGAACGUGCUUUUUUGCCGUACUAGAAUGAAGUAUAAAUGCACCUGUCAAUAAAGUUAUUCUUUAUUGAAAGUUGAUCUAUAUUACUUUCCUUUUGUCAUUUCUCUAAU